AUGCCUGAUAUAAGUUUGUAUUACUUCGAUGCGGUCGGUUUUGGUGAAGCUGUGCGUCUUGCGUUCCAUAUUGGAGGUGUCCCGUUUGAAGACGUGCGAUUUAGUCGUGACCAGUGGGUAAAUGAAUUUAAGGCGAAGGCUCCCAGUGGGAAGUGCCCUUGGCUUGAGUUUAAAGACGGUGGCUUUAUCACUGAGAGCAAAGCGAUCUUGGUCUAUGCAGCUGGUAGAUCAGGACUUGUCCCUUUUGAUCUACUUGAGUUGGCCGUGUGUGAGCAAGCCUACAACGUUGCUCUGGACGCCUACUCGGUAAUGCGCUGCCUAAUCCACGACCGAGGGGAUAGGGAGGAGAAUCUGAAGGACCUGAGGACCCGCCUACUGGCUGCGGACAAAGUGUUGGGAAGCCGACAGUCCAAGGGAGAGGCCUGGGUGAAUGGGAAGUCAAUGACCUACGCGGACUUAGGGAUAUUUGGCUUUUUCAAAAACGCCGUUGACAGACUUCCCGACACCAAUGUUCAACAAUAUACUCAUCUCUACCAAGUCUACGAAGCUGUGCUGCACCACCCUCGAGUAAAAGACUACUACGCCUCCAGAACGCAGUAA